AUGUCAGCGACCUUCCCCGGACUUGUCCACGACGCAGAGAUACGUCACGACGGAUCAAACAGCUACCGGCUCAUGCAGCUCGGGUGCCUGGAGUCCGUGGCCAACUCCUCGGUCGCCUACUCCUCCUCCUCCCCGCUCACCUACCCGGCGCCGGCGGGGACGGAGUUCGCCUCGCCCUACUUCUCCGCCAACCACCAGUACACGCCCCUGCACCACCAGUCCUUCCACUACGAGUUCCAGCACUCGCACCCGGCCGUGGCCCCGGAGGCCUACGGGCUGAACUCGCUGCACUCGGGCCAGUACUACCAGCAGCUGCACCACGGGGAGCCCGCGGACUUCAUCAACCUGCACAGCGCGCGCUCGGCCCUCAAGUCCUCGUGCCUGGACGAGCAGCAGCGGCGCGAGCUCGGCUGCCUCGACGCCUACCGCCGCCAUGACCUGUCGCUGAUGACGUCACACGGCUCCCAGGCCUACGGCAUGCACCACGCGGACCAGAGGCUGCUGCCCGCCGCCGGCCUGGGGCUGCCUCCGGCCGGGGGAGACGACCUGCAGGGCUCCGUGGAGGCGCAGUGUGGGCUCGUGCUGAACGGCCAAGGGGGCGUCAUCCGGAGAGGAGGGACGUGUGUGGUGAAUCCUACAGAUCUGUUCUGCUCGGUACCGGGUCGACUGUCCCUGCUCAGCUCCACCUCCAAGUACAAAGUCACCAUCGCCGAGGUGAAAAGACGACUGUCCCCGCCAGAGUGCCUCAACGCCUCCUUACUGGGCGGCAUAUUGCGCAGAGCGAAGUCUAAGAACGGAGGCAGGUGUCUUCGGGAGAAGUUGGACCGUCUGGGCCUCAACCUGCCGGCAGGACGGAGGAAAGCUGCCAACGUCACACUGCUCACCUCCCUGGUGGAAGGUGAGGCGCUCCACCUGGCGAGGGACUUCGGCUACACCUGCGAGACAGAGUUCCCCAGCAAGGCGGUGGGGGAGCACUUGGCGAGGCAGCACAGUGAGCCCAAAGAAACCAGCGCGCGCAAGAAAAUGGUUCUGGCAACAAAGCAAAUCUGUAAGGAGUUCCAGGACUUAUUGAGCCAAGACCGCUCUCCUCUGGGCUCGUCCAGACCGACCCCCAUCCUGGACCUGGACAUCCAGAGACACCUCACACACUUCAGUCUGAUCACUCACGGGUUCGGCACGCCGGCGGUCUGCGCGGCCCUCAGCACCUUCCAGACGGUCCUGAGCGAGAUGCUCAACUACCUGGACAAGAACUCGAGCGGGAAGACGGGCGGACCCAACGACCAGCAGAUCAACAGCAGCUCGGAAAAGACGCAGCUCCGGAAAACAGCCGAGCCCCAGAGCAAAGACGGGAAAACGGAAAAGACUGAGUAGCCCCCCCAUCCGCCUGGUCCCCGUGCCUUGGAGCGCUGCAUUUAGGAGUGUGUGUUUGUACGAGUGUGUGUGUGUGUGUGUGGGUGUGUGGACUCAGAAAGGAUUUGUUAAUUCCCAGGCAUUACUGUGUCUUCAUUGGGACAAUUCAUAUUUAUUGUUAUUUAUUUACAUUGUGUUGUGAUGCAACACGAACUGGAAGUGUCCCAAAUAAGACUUCCUCUGUAAGUGUGUGUGUGUGUGUGUGUGUGUGUCUGUGUGUGUGUGAUGACAAGGGGGAGCCUCACCAUGGAGACAGUUGUGACUCAUCCAAGACAUUUUUGUUUAUUUAUUAUUUGGAAAACAGGAAGUAAACAUGGACAUAUACUGACGUCAGGGUUUUCCAGGACAGGGGUUGUACCACACAAUACACAACACAACACACACACACACAGACACACUAAAGGGUUUGGGGACAAUUUGAUUCCAAUCCACUUGAUUCAGGUGGAUUUUCUGCAGAAAUACAAAAAACGAUUCACCUUUCUAUUCUCUGACGCUUCAUUUUUAUCUGUUUUGUAUUAAAUUGUCCAACAAAUGUCUGACAUCCACCACAAAAGUCCCAGUUUUGCUUCAAUUGAAAUUGUUUUUCACUUUCCAAACACAAAACGGACCCUGACCCGAACCAGGACACAUGCACACACUCUCACAAACACACAACCUGUCAUGCAAACCCCUCCUGGACCUCGACACACACACACAUUUGUCUUUAUUAUUUCUCCGCCCUACAAUCAGUGCCAUAGCAGCCAGUGUGUUUACCAUGUGGACGACAGAGAAAGGGAGACUGUAAUGCCACUGCCUGGGGUGGGAUACACUUCUGUGUGUGUCUGUGUGUGUGUGAGUGUGUGUGCCAGAGAUCAAGUGAGUGAAAGCGAGACAGGAGAGAGAGAGAAGGGUCCAACUCAGCCAUUUUGUAGAAGGUGACUCUGCGGUUGCCGGUGUUUCUCCUCCCUGUGCAUGUGUCUAUCUUUGUACACUCCCCCUGACCGCAAGUUCAGCCGCCACGAGCUCCGACCGACUCGCCCAUGAACAUUUGUAAAGAUAUAUAUAAAUAUUUAAAUUACUUUUCUUGUAGGUUUUAACUAUAUA